AUGUUGAAUAAAAAUUCUCCUGAACGUCAUGCACAUUCAGAUUCUGAUGAUGAUGAUGAUAUUCAUAUUGAUGCCAAUGAUGCAUUUGAAGUAAUUGAUGUUGAUCCAUCAACAGAAAAUGUUGUUGAAAAUCAAUUAGAUGAUCUUGAAUUAACUGAAACUAUGGAAGAAGAUGAUGAUUCAUUAUUAACAAUAUGUCAUCAUAAAUAUGGAAAUUCCAUAUUUACAAUUUCAAUUGAUCCACAAAUACAAAAUCGUGUUUGUACAGGUGGUGAAGAUGAUCGUUGUCUACUUUGGCAUUUAGAAACCGGUGAAUUAAUACAUGAAUAUCCAUCAUUUGAUGAUAGUGUACAUCAAAUUUGUUGGAGUUUUGAUGGAAAAUAUUUAUGUGCAUGUGAUAUGCAUGGACAAAUACGUUGUUGGACAAAUAAUCAAAAUGGUUUACCUAUAAAUGAAGUUUGGACAUUUCAUACAGGAAAUGAUAUUGAAUUAAUGCGUUUUCAUCCAUCAGCACAUGUUCUUUUUGUUGGAACAAAUGAUUCACAAUUAUGGUUAUUUAAAAUUCCAUCAGGAGAAUAUAAAAUUAUGCAUGGAGGAACUGAUGCUGAGAUAAUAACAUUAGAAAUACUUGCAAAUGGUAAGAAAUUUCAAAUGAAAAUAUUUUUAAAUCAAGUUUUUCAUUCUUCUAUUAAUAAUAUUUUGACACAUUCAAUAGUGUCAUAUACAAUAUAG